CCCGCCGCCGGCAGGCGCAGGUGCAGGUGCAGGCGCAGGCGCAGGUGCAGACUAAACCAGUUCGGGGAGUGUAAGCUGGUGCCAUCAAGCGCUGGCAUCGCCGAAGAGCUUCCAGUGGCGAGCGCGGAGCACGUCGUGUCCUGGACGAGCCGCGUCCUGGAUGAAGCCUUCGGCCUCCUGCGCGACACCACCCGCAGCUCCUGCCGCAGAAAACGGCCGACACCGUCCCCGUAAGCCAGGGACGACCGUGCAGGACUAUUUUAGGAAGAAAACCAACUGGAAGAAAUCCAUGGAGUUCCUUCUUUUCACGUUUGUCGGUGUGGUUCACCUUCUAUCCCUGAGCUCUGGGAAGCCGAUAUAUAAGAAUGACAUCUCUCGGAGGACUUUUCAAGAAAUAAAGGAAGAAAUAGCCAGCUACGGAGAUGUGGCUAAAGCAAUCAUCGACCUUGCUGUUUACGGCAAAGCCCAGAACAGGUCCUAUGAGCGACUGGCGCUUCUUGUUGAUACUGUUGGACCCAGACCAAGUGGCUCCAGGAGCCUGGAGAAAGCCAUCCAAAUCAUGUACCAGAACCUGCGGGAAGACGGGCUGGAGAACGUCCACUUGGAGCCAGUCAAAAUACCCCACUGGGAAAGGGGAGAAGAAUCUGCUGUGAUGCUGGAGCCAAGGAUUCACAGGAUGGCUAUCUUGGGUCUUGGCAGCAGCAUUGGGACUCCCCCAGAAGGCAUUACAGCAGAAGUUCUGGUGGUGACCUCUUUCGAGGAACUGCAGAGAAGGGCCCCAGAAGCAAGAGGGAAGAUUGUUGUUUAUAAUCAACCUUAUGUCAACUACUCGACGACCGUGCAGUACCGGGUCCAGGGGGCAGUGGAAGCCGCCAAGGUGGGGGCUUUGGCGUCCCUGAUCCGAUCAGUGGCUUCCUUCUCCAUCUACAGUCCCCACACAGGUAUUCAGGAAUAUCAGGAUGGUGUGCCGAAAAUCCCAACAGCUUGUAUUACGGUGGAAGAUGCAGAGAUGAUGUCAAGAAUGGCUUCUCGCGGGAACAGAAUUGUUAUUCAGCUGAAGAUGGGAGCAAAGAACUACCCAGACGCUGAUUCCUUCAACACUGUAGCAGAGAUCAUUGGAAGCAAAUACCCAGAGCAGGUUGUUCUGGUCAGCGGACAUCUGGACAGCUGGGACGUUGGGCAGGGUGCCAUGGAUGAUGGUGGUGGAGCCUUUAUAUCAUGGGAAGCACUCUCGCUUAUUAAAGAUCUUGGGCUGCGACCCAAGAGGACCCUGCGUUUGGUGCUCUGGACUGCGGAGGAGCAAGGCGGGGUCGGCGCCUUCCAGUACUAUCUGCUGCACCAGGCCAACAUCUCCAACUAUAGCCUGGUGAUGGAGUCCGACCUGGGAACCUUCCUGCCCUCUGGGCUGCAGUUCACGGGCAGCGACCAGGCCAGGGCCAUCGUGGAGGAGGUCAUGCGCCUGCUGCAGCCUGUCAACGUCACGCGGGUCUUCAGGGCCGGAGAAGGGACGGACAUUAACUUCUGGAUCCAAGCCGGAGUGCCCGGAGCCAGCCUGCUCGACGACCUCUACAGGUACUUCUCCUUCCAUCACUCCCAUGGAGACACCAUGACUGCCAUGGAUCCGAAGCAGAUGAACGUGGCUGCCGCCGUUUGGGCUGUGGUCUCCUACGUCAUCGCCGACAUGGAGGAAAUGCUGCCCAGGUUUUAGCAAGACGAGCAAGCCCUUUGGUCUCCUCCGGCCAGGAAUGCUGGCUCCAGCUUCAACUGACGGGCCCGUCGGACCUGGUCCAUUCCCAAAGCACAGGACUUUCUCAUCCUUUCUGUUACCAUCUUCUUGAUACUUUCCAAAUUCUCUGUUUCUACAGGAAGAAAUGAUCCCCAACCCCACAUCGAAUCAAAAUAUGGUGGGGAUCACGUGGGGACCUUUCUUUAUACCAUCCAUAAAAACUUACAGCUUCUACUUUGAAAUUAAAUACUGGAUAAAUGUCUGGAAGAUCUCUGGGCUUUAUGUGUGUAUUAAUAAACAUUAAAUCAAAUGCAGUGA